AUGGUCAAUGAUGGUUCGAGUUUCGUCUGGAGGAGAAGGAAGCAGACUGGGUUCGGGUCAGUGGAGGAUUGGAGUCUGUCCUGCGCCUGGACUAGGGAGUUGAGUGCUGGGCUCUCGCUCCACUGGAAGGCAGGCAGGACUGUGAAGGCAGAGAAUGGCAGCUUCAUCGAUAUCUACCAGCAGGAAGGCACACGGGGGCUCUGGAGGGGUGUAGUCCCCACGGCGCAGAGAGCUGCCAUUGUGGUUGGAGUGGAGCUGCCAGUGUAUGACAUCACCAAGAAGCACCUGAUCCUCUCAGGGUUCAUGGGGGAUACGAUCCUUGCCCACUUCAUUUCCAGUUUUACUUGUGGGCUGGCCGGAGCCAUUGCCUCCAACCCAGUGGACGUGGUGCGAACGCGGAUGAUGAACCAGAGGGCAAUAGUGGGGAGUGUGGAGCUCUAUAAAGGCACACUGGAUGGUCUAGUAAAGACAUGGAAGAGUGAGGGCUUCUUUGCACUCUAUAAAGGGUUCUGGCCCAACUGGCUCCGGCUUGGCCCUUGGAAUAUCAUUUUUUUUAUCACAUAUGAGCAGUUUAAGCGACUCCCAUUCUAGGGCUGCCUCCAAUCCACGAGCACAGCCUCCAAGACGUGCAGUUGGGAAUGAGCAGCCCGAAGUUGCCACCCCUUUUUUUCACUCAUUUCAUCUCCCUGUGUCUUGAUGUCUUGGCAUGCAUGGAUUGGGACCCGCAGUCCACUGAACAUCAGGUCCUUGGAGCACAUCCUGCCUGCAGUGGAGAGGAGCCAGAGGAAGAGGUUGUGUGUUCUAGGGGAAGUAUUAACUGUACCAGUGUCUGGGCCUGAAGCGGUGUCUUCUGUGAAGACUAGUGAGGUGCUGUGGCCUUGCAGUAUGGGUGUGGUAUGUGCUGGUUGGGCAGGUGCACAUUGCUGUACCCUGCCUGAUGGGCAGGACAGAAGAUGGAGCUGGAGGGGGGGUGGCCAUGUUUUCCUGCAGACCUGUAACCUCAUUAAACUAUUUAUUGAUA